GUAAAAUGUCAAGAGAAAAAAUGUGUUUGAACACUCUCUGUGCAAUCCUCUGUUUUGUCCUUACCGUUAGUUUCGGCUUCGUCUCUGCCCAAAAAUGCGGGGAGUCUGUGUUUUUCAGACCUAACGGUAACUAUGACACUAACCGUCGUCUCGUUCUAUCAACGUUAGCUUCCAACGUCAGUUCUCAAAACAACCGCUUCUACAACGUUUCGGUCGGUGAAGGAGCUGGAAGAAUCUAUGCCUUAGGUCUCUGUAUCCCAGGGUCUGAUCCAAGGGUGUGUUCCGAUUGUAUCCAACUCGCGUCUCAAGGUUUAUUACAAACCUGUCCGAACCAGACCGACUCAUUCUACUGGACAGGCGACAACGCCGACAAGACGCUCUGUUUCGUUCGUUACUCUAACAACUCGUUUUUCAACAAGAUGGCUCUAGAGCCAACUCACGCAGUUUACAAUACUAUGAGGUUCCAAGGGAACCUCACAGCUUAUACAAGAACAUGGGACGCGUUCAUGAACUUUAUGUUCACCCGAGUCGGUCAAACUCGAUACCUGGCUGAUAUAUCCCCUCGGAUAAAUCAGGAACCUUUGUCUCCUGAUCUUAUAUACGCGCUGAUGCAGUGUAUUCCGGGGAUAUCUUCUGAAGACUGUGAAACCUGUCUUGGAAAAUGUGUCGAUGACUACCAGAGUUGCUGCAAUGGGUUCAUAGGUGGAGUCGUUAACAAGCCGGUCUGCUAUUUCCGGUGGGAUGGUUAUAAAUAUUAUGGUGCCUUCGGUGAUGAAGCGCCAUCUCAACCCCCCACGCCGCUUCCUCUUCCUCCUCCUCCUCCUCGUGAUCCAGAUGGAAAAAAGAUCUCUACAGGAGUUAUUGUGGCUAUUGUUGUUUCCGCAGUUAUCUUCGUGGUGCUAGUCGCUUUAGGAUUAGUUAUUUGGAAGCGAAGACAAUCAUACAAAACACUGAAAUAUCAUACUGAUGAUGAUAUGACAAGUCCACAGUCUCUGCAAUUUGAUUUUACAACAAUUGAAGUGGCAACAGAUAAUUUUUCGAGGAACAACAAGCUAGGUCAAGGCGGAUUCGGUGAAGUUUACAAGGGAAUGUUACCUAAUGAAACAGAAAUUGCGGUAAAGCGUCUAUCGAGUAAUUCAGGACAAGGCACACAAGAGUUCAAGAACGAGGUUGUGAUUGUGGCCAAACUUCAACACAAGAAUCUUGUUAGGCUUCUUGGGUUUUGCAUAGAAAGAGAUGAACAGAUACUUGUCUACGAGUUUGUUUCCAACAAGAGCCUUGAUUAUUUCCUCUUUGAUCCAAAAAUGAAAAGUCAACUAGAUUGGAAAAGACGGUACAACAUCAUAGGAGGGGUUACGCGAGGACUUCUCUAUCUUCAUCAAGACUCAAGGCUAACAAUCAUACACCGUGACAUCAAAGCAAGUAACAUACUUUUAGAUGCUGAUAUGAACCCUAAAAUAGCUGAUUUUGGAAUGGCAAGGAAUUUUAGAGUGGACCAAACUGAAGACCAGACAGGAAGAGUUGUUGGAACCUUCGGUUACAUGCCUCCAGAGUAUGUGACACAUGGCCAAUUCUCUACCAAAUCUGAUGUAUAUAGCUUUGGUGUAUUGAUCUUGGAGAUUGUUUGUGGCAAGAAGAACAGCAGCUUCUUUCAGAUGGAUGAUUCUGGGGGAAAUUUAGUGACACAUGUUUGGAGGCUUUGGAACAAUGAUUCACCCUUAGAUCUCAUCGACCCUGCGAUUAAGGAAAGCUACGAUAAUGAUGAAGUCAUUAGAUGUAUCCAUAUCGGAAUUUUAUGUGUUCAAGAAACUCCGGCAGAUCGUCCAGAGAUGUCUACAAUCUUUCAAAUGCUUACCAAUAGCUCCAUUACUCUGCCUGUGCCUCGACCACCUGGAUUUUUCUUCAGGAACAGACCCAAUUUAGACCCCUUAACCUAUGGAUCCGAGCAGGGGCAAUCCAGCAGCAUGUCUGUUCCUUUUUCUAUAGAUAGUGCGUCAAUCACUAGAGCCACUCCUCGGUGAGAUGAUUGCUUUUGCACUAGUCAGUAGCAUUUUACUUGUAACACAAGCAACUCCAGUUUUCAAAGGUCCAGUUAAUUUUUAUGGUAAUAUGGGUACAUAUAAAACCAAACUUAUGUGUAGCCGUGUAGGUAGAGUAUUCCUUUCUUGUUUUUUCCCAUGGCAAGAUGAGAAUUUGUCAAACCUCAAAUAUGAUACAUUAACCUCUAAGAACAACCACUUACGAACCCAUUUUUUUACUUCUUCAGUCAUCUAUGAUAGUCACCAGCUUGCUUAUUCAGCUUUUUGCUCCCCCAGAUUUUCUAUAAAGU